CCUUUACGGAGGAGGGACAUCAUGUCAAUUUCAAUAGUUUCUUCGUAAGCGGAUGGAGUAGGGAUACGAGAAAACACGCUGCUCUGACUCAAGCCAACAGACACACCGCGGACUCCUCGUGGUUGAGCCCGGCCGGCAUCAGACCACACACCGGAGCGACACAGAGAAGAAGAAGAAGAAGAAGAGAACAAGAGAGAACAAGAGCCGGCAAAGCGGGAAGCUUUUUGUCCCCGAGUGAGUAAAAAGAAAAAAAGGAAACUCAGCCAACGAUGUCAGGGUUGAAAAAGAGAAACUCAAAUUCCUCGGCAGACAGGGAUGAGGAGGACAAGCAGGCAAAGGAAAGGAUGCUGUCCGGCGUGGAGAAGGUGGAUUUCAACCUGGGUGGAGCACCGGGGAGCGACCCCGACAGCCCUAACAACAACGCCACCAGAGGAGACGAAGGGGGAGAAGGGGUCGCCCUGAAGAGGACCAUCACCCUGUUGAACGGCGUGGCCAUCAUCGUGGGCACCAUCAUAGGCUCGGGCAUCUUCGUCACACCCACCGGCGUGGUAAAGGAGGCCGGCUCGGUGGGUCUGUCCCUGGUAAUAUGGACGGUAUGCGGGGUGUUCUCCACGGUGGGAGCCCUCUGCUACGCGGAGCUGGGGACCACCAUCAGUAAGUCCGGCGGGGACUAUGCCUACAUCCUGGAGGUGUACGGCUCCCUGCCGGCUUUCCUCAAACUCUGGAUCGAGUUGCUCAUCAUCCGGCCGUCCUCCCAGUACAUCGUCGCCUACGUUUUCGCCACCUACGUUCUCAAGCCAGUGUUCCCUGAGUGUCCGGUGCCGGAGAACGGGGCCAAGAUAGUGGCCUGCCUCUGCAUCCUCUUGUUGACCUUUGUGAACUGCUACAGUGUGAAGGCGGCUACUAGAGUGCAGGACUUCUUUGCAGCGGCCAAGCUCCUGGCACUUGGAAUGAUCAUCAUCCUCGGCUUUGUCAAGAUUGGCCAAGGUAACACGGACCGACUUCUUCCAGAAAAUUCCUUCAAGGGGUCCAAAUAUGAGUUUGGCAGCAUCGGCCUGGCACUCUACAGCGGUCUGUUUGCCUACGGUGGCUGGAACUACUUGAAUUUUGUCACAGAGGAGAUGAUUGAGCCUUACAAAAACCUUCCCCGUGCCAUCAUCAUCUCUCUGCCCAUAGUGACAAUAGUGUACGUUCUGACCAACCUGGCAUAUUUCACCACCCUCUCCCCUGAGCAGAUGCUCGGCUCCGAGGCUGUGGCUGUGGAUUUUGGGAACUACCACCUGGGUCCGAUGGCAUGGAUCAUCCCGGUGUUUGUAGGUCUGUCCUGCUUUGGAUCUGUCAACGGCUCCUUGUUCACAUCAUCCAGGUUAUUCUUCGUUGGUUCCCGGGAGGGUCACCUGCCCAGUCUGCUGUCAAUGAUCCACCCCACCCUGCUGACACCGCUGCCCUCACUCAUAUUCACUUGCUUGAUGACGCUGCUCUACGCCUUCUCCAACGACAUCUUCUCCGUCAUAAACUUCUUCAGCUUCUUCAACUGGCUGUGCAUCGCCAUGGCAAUCAUUGGGAUGAUGUGGCUCCGUUAUAAGAAGCCGGAGCUGGAGCGACCAAUCAAGGUGAAUAUUCUGCUGCCGGUGAGUUUCGUGCUCGCUUGCCUCUUCCUCAUCAUCGUCUCCUUCUGGAAGACUCCAGUGGAGUGUGCGAUUGGCUUCGGCAUCAUCGCUACCGGAGUUCCUUUCUACUUAAUCGGCGUGUGGUGGAAGGGCAAACCCAAGUGGAUGCUGCAGGGAAUCUCCUCGACCACAGCCUUGUGUCAGAAGGUGAUGGAGGUGGUGCCUCAGGCGACCUAAAAGGCCCUGCCCUUUACUUACAGCCGGGGACCAAUCGGGUUGCACCAACAUUGAUCUCUGGGCUCUGACAUCGGAUGAAGCUUGAUCUCUGUUGACCCCUCUCACCCCACUCUCUCUCUCUCUCACACACACACACACACACACACACACACACACACACACACACACACACACACACACACACACACACACACACACACACACACACACACUCUGCGGGGUGCGGUUAGGAACCUGAUGAAGUAUGGACAAUGCUUAGUCACUAACUACUAUAUUGUAGGUUGUUAUGCUUUGUUAUUGGUUUUUUUACAAUGAAUUUCAAUUGUUUUUUGUGAACAAAUUAAUGUAAAAUAUCAUCCCUCAUCAGAAACCUAUUGAAUUUUGCAAGUUGUGCCUUACUUAAUGAAGGAGUAACUGUCAGCUGUAGCAGUAUUUGUCGGUGGUGUCUGAGUCGGCUGUCAGCCUUGGCAUUGACCUGCAAACAGCUGUAAACCAAGUCUAAACCUCUGCAACCAGGAGUUUUUUUUUUUAUAAUCCUGCAAGAUUCCACUUUUAAUCUCCUGGAACCAACUGUUGAGUGAAAGUUGGAGUUGUCGCAACCAGAUUAGUUUUGUCAGAUAUUCAUUAAGCUAUGUAUUGGAAACCUUUGGUCCUGCAGUCAUUACAAAACUUUCGCACUUUUAGGUAAAAGUCUUGUGUUGUCUGUUGUUGUUCGUUGGUCGGCGGUGUGGCAUAUGGCACACUACUCAGUGUGUGUCGACUUUCAGCCCUGCUCUCUGUUGUUUUUGUGACCCAGUGUGGUUUUAAAGUCAUCUAUGCUGCUGUAGGAUGUGAGUGAAGUUGAUUGAAGAUAUUGGUGUGUUAGAGGUGUUUUUGUGUUUCUCAUUUUUACAGUAAAACUAAAAGAACUAAAUCCCUCAGAGAAAGGAGGAAGAACUAUACAUAUAAGUUCCAUUUUUCUGUUCAGGCAUGUACUUGCAUUACAUGUUUAUGUCUAAAGCAGAACAGACCAGCCGUGGUGGGAAACUUGAUGUUCUUUUGUGUUUGUGUUUGUGUGUGUGUGUGUGUGUGUGUGUGUGUGUGUGUGUGUGUGUCAGUUUCUCAUGUGUUCUUCUUAGACACAGACAGAUGAAGCUUAACUGCCUGGACUAACAGGCACCUGUGACAUUUACCUUUUAAUGUUUCACUGUUCAGCACGUCGAUCUUCCGUUAUGUUCUGUCACAUUUUGUGAUAUUUGUGUGUGGGUUUGGCAGUCAAUGUGGGUGGAGGUAGGUGGGGAUUAAUAAGCAGACAGACAGACAAUAUGCUUCAGUCUAUGGAGAGAGAUGCUACAGAGGAAAUGGGAAAUAGGACAUUUUUGUUUGUUUUUAAAUGUGGGCGUGUAUGUUGGUGAAGUACAGAAGGAGCACAUGUGCAGAUCACAGUCAGAACUGCUAGUGUCUAUUUUUCAUCCUCAGUUUUUUUUUUUCACACACAAAAAUGAGUGCUGCAUUAUUAAGGUUGAGCCUCCUCCCGGCAACGGACCAAAAGUACACGUUACAGUGGCAAUGCUGUUUCUGUAUAGACAGCGUGACAGCUGUAGAGCCUGGCGGAGUUGUUGCCAUAGAGACAGCGCUGGUGGAUGCAGGAGGAGUUAAUAUGUCUGUUUUAGAGGUAGAACCUUUCUAACACUCCAGCCAUCGCACAAAGCAGAUGGGAAACUAACCUAAAUAGGACUGUAGAAAGUUAAUUUAUUUAUUUUUAGCAAACUUAUUGUUUAUUGUUAACAGUCCCUCUAACAUGUUUACAGGGCAUUUUGUGGAAAGUGCUUUACAAAUAAAUCUUGAUUUUUUUUUUCCA